GGAACGGGAGAGAGGGAAGGGAUAUAGAUAGAUAGAUAGACUGAUUGAUAGAUCGAGCGAUUGAUUGAUUGAUUGACGGACGGACGGACAGAUCGACGGGCGGGGCAGAUCGAUCCGGAGAUAAAUUUGGAAAACUUCGCCUGGGGAGACCAGCUCGGCUCGUGGAUGAUGGGAAAGCUCCGCGGCUCCGUGAUGCCCAUGGAUCCCCUGGGCAAAGUCGGGCUGCUGUGCCAAGCGUGCGGCUUCCUUUUGACCAACCCGCAACAGGCGGAAUGCGGGCAUCGCUACUGCCGGAGAUGCGUGAAAGGACUCUUCAGGGACUCAGAGAGAAUAGUCUCCUGCCUUACGUGUAAGAAGGUCUUGCAUCUCAAAGAGUUCCACAGUGACAAAGCAGCAGAGAACGAUGCUCUCGAUACACAGAUUGCCUGUCCAAAUUUUGACUGCAGGUGGACGGGAACUCUGAAAUCAUACCAGGAGCACUUAUGCCACCCUGAGGCACCUAUCGGAACUACAAAAAAUGCUACUUUGAUUCCUGAAGACCAAAAUGAGAAUAAAGAGAAGGAAGCGCACUGGAGCGUCACUGCCCCUAUUAUGGGUGGCCCUUCGCUAAACGUCGAAGCUGUCCAGCUGCGAAUGGAGGCCCUGGAGCUGAUGGUUGCAUCUUUGCGUCGGCAGCUGAAUCAGCAAGUCUCCAAUGUGAAAACCCUCCAGCACUGCUGUUCCCAGUAUGAGGAGUUGCUCAAAAAUUCUCAGGAAACGCGUAACAGCCCUCAUGGUACCAAAGGUUCUGUACCAUCCACUCAAGAGCUGGCCAGCACUGAUGGAAUCUUGGUUUGGAAAGUAGAGAAUUUCUCCAAACUCCUGAAAGAUGCCAAAAGCGGGAAAAGGCAUUCCAUCUUCUCUCCGGCUUUCGCCACCCAUCCUUUCGGAUACCGCCUCUACGUCCGACUGUACCCUGAUGGAGAUGGUGUAGGCAAAGGUGGCCACCUUUCACUCUUCCUGGCUUUGGCCAAAGGGCCUUAUGAUGACAUUCUGCCUUGGCCUUUCCGACAGAAGGUCACCUUCUCUCUCUUGGAUCCCACACGAAGGAAGUCGCCUCUGAUGGAGACUUUCCUCCCAGACCCUCAAAGCACCUCUUUUCAGCAACCUCACCAGAAACUCAAUGUGGCCAGUGGAAGCCCUCUGUUUGCCAGCCAUGCUGAGAUUCCCAGCUACCUCAAAGAUGACACGCUCUUCCUCAAAAUAGUGGUGGAUUUGACAGGGAUAGACAUUUAAUCAGCAGUGGGAUUCACUUACCUUCCCUGCCGGUUCCCAAAUGUGAGUGUUCGCGUGGCCUUCUGCGCAUGCGCAGGCUCGCACGUUAGGUCCGGGUGGGUGGGCGGAGCCUCCUGCAGUCGCUGCUACCGGUUCGCCCGAAUCUAGAGAGAACCGGCUGAAUCCCAACAUUGCAUUUAAUUCUGGAAAGAGCUGGAGAGAUUUCUAUGGUGAACUUAUGCUGCAUUUCCAUUACUUUUGAUACUUCCAUUUUUUUAAAAUCAAAUCUCUUUUUUUUUUCUUUACUAUUACCCAAAUCUGUCAACCACAAUUGCUGUUUCAAAACGGAUCGUCAACUGCUUCUCAGGGUCAUCUAAAACCUGCUUGUUGUUUUGGCUUAAAUCGUGGGAAAUCGAUCCUUCAUUAUCCUCAGACUGAGAUUGGGCAUCCACUAAACCUUACAGCCUUUAUAGGAUUUUAAUGGCCAGCUAUUGGAGAACGUCUGUUAAAUGCAGAGAACUGUGGGAUAUGUUUUUCAGUGGUCCAGGAUGUCAAAUGCCUUCCUAUCAAUAUCCAAUCCUGAGUAAUAACUACUAUAUUUAUCUGGGGGGGAAAAACCCAACUUCCUCCUAACAUUACCUAAUAAUAAUAAUAACAGAAUUGGAAGGGACCUUGGAGGUCUUCUAGUCCAACUCCCUGCCCAGGCAGGAAACCCUACACCACUUCAGACAAAUUACCAUGGGACAGUUGUAAAUUGAUAAACCAGGAAGAUCAAUUUUUGCUAUCUAUUAAUCUGUGAUGUGGCAAUCCAAGGACAUGUUUCUUAUGGACAAAGUAGAAUAAUUUGUAAACAAAUAUAUAUAUGUAUAUCCAAAGUGCAGAUGUUCAGCUCUCCUAUUACACUGCUUCCAGUUUGUUAAAAAAUACACAUUUGGCAUUAAAAAAUGAAACAGAAAGGUUUUCCACUGAUGACUCUUUGUGAUAAGUUAUUAUGUAUGGGAAUUACAACACAAAAUAGGAUGUUUGCAGUGGUAUAUUGUUACGUGUGUAUGUGUGCAAUUGGGGAGUGUUUUCCUAUUAAAUAUUAGCAUGGAUUGAAGGAACCGGAUUGUUUUAAAACACCAAUUUUAAUUGUUAAUUAUAUCCAUAGCACUAUUUAUGGAAAAGGGACUUUGCAAUAACAACUAAGGAUUUUAGGAUGUACAUCCUUAGUCUUGACAUUGUUUUUCUACCUCGCAUUCUUAUUUAUUAUCAACUGUGGUAUUUAUUAUGUAAAUACUGUGUACUGAUAUGCAAA